UAAGUGAAGGGAGGCGGGUACUCCCAGCCUAGCCGGGGAGGCUCGUGGUGCCUGAAGUCAACUAUUGCCCUGGGAGGGGUUUUUCUCCUGCACUGCAUCCAGAAGGUAGUCUCUCGGGUGACGGCGACGUUAACUGCGAGCGGGGUUUCCGUCGCAAUUGCUCGUGCUGGAGUCCCGGUGCGGGAGCGGCGAUUCUGCGGUCCAAGAACAUAACAGAUUAAAGAAUGACAACUCCAUUCUACAACAACAAAACCUUCAGUAAUACAAUGUCUUUACCAGCUUUACAAUGAUUAGGAAUGACUGUGUAACUGUCUACUACUGGCUAAACAGCAUUCAUUGGAAUAUUUGGUCUUAAAGGGACAACAUUUGAAUGUGGAACCUUGGUCAAAUCUAAACAGUGUGAUGUUGAAAUGAGAUGAGGCUCCGAAAUGGAACUGUGGCCACUGCAUUGAUUUUCAUCACAUCUUUUCUCAGUUUAUCAUGGUAUACAGCAUGGCAGAAUGGAAAAGAAAAGCUGAUUGCUUAUCAAAGAGAGUUUCACGCUUUGAAGGAACGCCUUCGUAUAGCUGAGCACAGAACCCUGCAACGUUCUUCUGAAUUAAAUACCAUCUUGGAGCAGUUCAGACGGGCAGUAGCAGAAACAAAUGGAAGUAAGGAUGCAUUGAGCAGUGUUUCAGAUGAAACAUUAAAGUUAUUAAAUGAACUGACAAGCAGAAGAUCUCUUCAAGUGCCAAAUAUAUAUUACCACUUGCCUCAUUUGUUGAAAAAUGAAGGAAGCCUUCGACCUUCGGUACAUGUUGGCCUCGGACGAACAGGAGUUUCUAUAGUAAUGGGGAUUCCAACUGUCAAGAGAAAAGUAAAAUCUUACCUUACUGAAACUCUUCACUCGCUGAUUGAUAAGCUGUCACCCGAGGAGAAAUUGGAUUGUGUUAUGAUUGUAUUCAUAGGAGAGACAGAACUUGACUAUGUAAAUGGUGUUGUGGCAAAUCUCGAAAAAGAGUUUUCUUCAGAAAUUCGUUCUGGCUUAGUGGAAAUAAUAGCUCCUCCUGCGUUUUACUAUCCUGACAUGAAAAAUCUAAAAGAGACAUUUGGAGAUUCAAAAGAAAGAGUCAGAUGGAGGACAAAGCAAAAUCUGGAUUACUGUUUUCUUAUGAUGUACGCACAGAAAAAGGGUGUAUACUACAUUCAGCUUGAGGAUGACAUCGUUGUCAAGCAGAAUUAUUUCAGCACAAUAAAAAAUUUUGCACUUCAGUUGUCAUCAGAAGACUGGAUGAUUCUAGAAUUCUCUCAGCUGGGAUUCAUUGGUAAAAUGUUCCAGUCUCCAGAUAUUACACUCAUUGUAGAGUUCAUACUUAUGUUUUAUAAAGAGAAACCAAUUGACUGGCUUUUGGAUCACAUUCUGUGGGUGAAAGUGUGCAAUCCAGAGAAAGAUGCAAAACAUUGUGAUCGCCAGAAAUCGAAUCUCAGAAUACGGUUCAGGCCUUCGCUUUUUCAGCAUGUGGGUCUACACUCUUCCCUAGAAGGAAAGAUUCAAAAACUCACAGAUAAAGACUUUCUGAAACCAUUAUUGCAUAAAAUUCAUGUGAAUCCACCAGCAGAGGUUUCUACAACAUUAAAGGUCUACCAAGGGCAUGCUCUUGAAAAAGCCUACAUGGGUGAAGACUUUUUUUGGGCUAUCACACCAGUUGCUGGAGAUUAUAUCUUGUUUAAAUUUGACAAGCCAGUUAAUGUAGAAAGAUUCCUGUUCCAUAGUGGCAAUCCAGAACAUCCAGGGGAUAUAUUGGUCAAUACAACUGUGGACAUAUUACCUCUUAAAAAUAAAGAGCUGUUAUUAAGCAAAGAAACCAAAGAGAAAUGGUUAGAAGAUGGUUAUUUCAGAAUAGGCAAAUUUGAAAAUGGCAGAGCAGAAGGAAUAGUCAGUCCCAAUUUAAAUCCAAUUACAGCUGUCCGGCUGUUCGUCAUACAAAAUUCAUCUGUCUGGGCAAUUAUAAAUGAGAUUCAUAUUAAAAAACACCCUAAUUGAUCAAUAUUGAAGAAGUAAGAAGAUAAUAUUUUGAACACUUUUGCAAAAUCAUCCAAACUGCAGAAGGAAGAUAUUGAGUAUGCACCUUAUUUCAACUCAAUUUUCUCACUGAAACACUACCUCUCGUGAAUUCUACUGUAAUUGAGAAUAUCGACUCAGCAAGAGGGAUUAAUUACAGUGUAGAAACUGAUAUUCACCUGGCAUUCUUUAUCUUGAUUAAUAAUUUGAACAUGACUUUGGUUGGCUAGAGAUAAAUACUCCUUGGUCUAUCCAAUGGUGAUGGGUAAUUACGAAAAAAGGUGUACAUAUUGUUACAUUCCUUGGAAAUGAGAAAAAUGUGUUAUAAUACAUUUUAUGAAGAGGGUACUUUUUGAAAGUCCAUUUAUUUUGUUAUUGAAAACCCUCUUUUAUAGAUUAUCAGGGAUAUAUAUUCAAAAAAUUUAGGGUAUUUAAUUUAUUAAAUAAUUUGAAAAGUACAUAUUUUUAUGCCAAUAAUAACUUGAUUAAGUUUUUUAAUGUAUUACCUUACUUCUUGAGUUAACUCUACAUUUUACUUGGUUAAUAAUCAUAUUUUGUAAUAUAUUGUCAUGGUUAGAAGAGUUAAACUGAAUUUGCCAAUGAAGCACUUUUGUAUCAUGCCAGAUUCUUCUGCACAAAUCCCACCGAAAUAAGAAGGGUUUCCACAGAAGAACAUCCUCAUGAGAGGUUCACAGAAUCAAGGAUAUAGUGUUCAAAGAUACAAGCAUGGCAUGCAAGAACUUUGAAGAACAUUACCUAUGAUGUUCACAGCCUUGGAAUUAAGGAAUUUUAUAUUUCAAUAGAGUGAAUGAAGUCUGCAGCAAUUUAAAGUUUGAAUCAUUACCCAUUAAAGGGGUACUUUGAUAACAGGUUGUUCUUUUUUAAUCUUUGUAAAGUUUUCUUCAAUGCAAUCAACCAAGUUGCUCCUUUGGAUAGCAAUGCCUUCUGAUAUCAACUUUUUUUGGUUUUGCAACCCCUUUUCAACGAACUCUGCUCAGUGCUUUUGAAUGAUUUAAUUUAGCAUCAUGUUAGGGAUAAUGGAACAGAUACACAGUAACCUCAGCUGAGCUUUUAUAAUUGUAACUUUGUCAGUCCUUAAAUGUGGAAGUGAUUUCUAUUUCUUAAGAUCCAGCUUCUGCUUAAAAGCAUUGCACUCCAACUGACUGAAGCAAGGCUUCUGUGAUCUAAAUGCUUCUUUUCUUUUAUAUUGCAAAGAAAAAAGAUGUUUGCUUGGUCAGUAGCCUUGAAAAGAGGCAAUUCAAGCACUUUGUGCUCUGUAGCACAGAAAACAUGCAAUAGUAAAGUAAUAAUAGUAACAAAACUUUUUUUUCUUAUCUAACUCCAGCCAAGUUAUGAAAACCAAGGCUUUUUUUUUUUAGUUCUAUGACUCACGCAGGUAAAUUAAAUCUUCAAUAGUGGUAGCUUGUGUUGUGAAUUAAUUCUUAGAUAUUUCUGUGUCUCAGAUGUAAGUUUUUGCCAAAAAUCAGUGUCUCUCUUGCCUUCUAUAGAAAUUAUUUGUAAGGAAUUGAAGGGAUUGGAUAUCUAUUUUUUAUUUGAGUCUAACGGCUUCUAAAGAAAAAAAAGAUCACAGUAUGAAAAAAUACUUGAAUUGUUUCAAAUUAUUAAAGACUUGAGAUUGCUUUGAUUUUAAAUAGAUGGGAUCCUAUAUUUAUGAAAUAGUUUUGCUCAAAUUCUUUAUUGAUUGGGGACAUAUUCAUACAAAAGUGCUUAUAUGACAUACUAGCUAAAUUAUAAAUUUGAAUAUUACUUCCAUAAAAUUAAUGGAUGGCCUGUACUGAUUCUAAAAUGAAAGGAAUAGUAAUAAUGGCCUAUUUUACGGACAUAUAAUAAACUAAUGCAGAACUCUGAUUCCUAAAUGUUCAAUAAAUCUUAAAUGUUAAACUUUUUAGAUAACCUGUAAACUGCCUGUAAUAUUGAACACUAAUUGAAUGUGCAUUUAAUAUUGACAUGCCACAUUGAGGUGGGUGUGUAGUAUAUGGGAUAUUUAUGAUAAACUUAAUAAUGAUAAUCAAGAUUAAUGUUUUCCUACACAAAAAUAAGGUUUGAUAGGAAAAGCACAGAGAAUUGGUGAGAAACUGUUCAAAAUAUGUUCCUUUUCUUUAUAUGGAAAAGGGAACAACAUAUAUAAAAAUAUUUAUUUCCGUAUUUUAAUUUUGCUACAAACAAGUUGUAAAGCUAUAUAAUCACUUGUCCUAGCUCUCAAGCUAACAUAGCAGAUCAGUGAUUUAUGAGUCUUUGCUGCAUAAAUGUGAGAUUUUCUAUCCCUAGCAGCUUAUUCCAUUGCAGUUUGUGCAGGUUUAUUAACCUUUUGUAUUUAAUUUAAAAAUUAGUCUGAACCUUAGAUCUAAAUGUAAUUUGCUAUUCUCUUCCAAAGACCAAUAGAUCACUUCCUCCCAUUGAAUGUAUGGUCUUUGGGGAAAGCAAAAUCACUAGCCAAUUGAUUUAAAAGUAACCUAGAAAUCAAAAGUGAUCUUCUCCAAUGCAACUUUAGGCAUGCUUAGUCAGAUGCAAUAUUCCUGUGUUCAGUAGUAUUCUACUUUGCAAUAUUAGUAAUAUUUAAAUCCUUAAUUUUAAUUCUUGAAACAUCUAUAGACAACUGUCUUAGGUAUAAACCAUUCCAUGUAAUAAAGAAUUGCACAGAUAAGGAGGUACACUAGCAAAAUGUUCUUGUGUUGCCAAUUGGAAAUGAGAAAAAGUAGUAAAUAUCAACUCUUUAUACUGCCAGCUUUAAAGAUCCAAUAGGCUUAGGAUAAAUCAGGUAAGAACACCCAUCUCCCAAAGCAAUCGGCCAGUUGUAUAAGAAUAUCUAAAUCAGGGGUUCCCAGCCGGGGGUGCUCGCAAGCCUGAGGGUGCAAGACGAUAUUCCAGGGGGUGCGAAAACUUGGGUUUUCAAAAUUAUAGUGUACGUGCAUAAUUUAUUGCUGUUAUUUCAAACCUUUGUAAGGGGUGCGAGAAUAUAUCAGAAGCAUUCUAGGGGUGCAGGGUAUAGAAAAGGUAGCGAGCCACUGAUCUAAAUGGACUAAUAAACUUCUAUGUUGAUUAAUGCCCUGAUGAAGAAAAGAGUUGUGUACAAUUAACCACCAUUUGAGCUAUAGUAAUAGAAUUGCCUUAAUGGUAUUGUCCUAGCAUAAUUCUAAGUACAUUCAGUUAAUCUGAUGGUGUAAUAGAGAUUAUUAAAAAAAAUCACUUCAAAUGCUUUCUUUUAUUUUCUAGUGGAAGAUUUAGAUUGUUAUUUUGUAAGUAUUACAGUGAGAGAGGCAAUAUAGUGAUAAAGGCAUUAGACUAGAAACUGGGAGACCCUGCCUUAUGCAUGAAGUCAGAUGAGUGAUUUUGGGACAGUCCCCCUCUCUCAAUCUAGGAAGGAGGCAAUAACAAACCACUUCUGAAAUCCUGCCAAGAAAACGGCAAAGAAUUGUUCUGAAAAUUACCAGGGGUCAGUAUAAUACUGACUUGAAGGCCAGACGCAACCCCCCCCCCCCAAACCAAGCCAAUAUGCAUUGAGUUGGUGCUUAAAUAAUUUCACUGAAUGGAAUAUGCAAAAAGCUUAUUGCUUUUCAAUAACAACAUACAUGAAUAGUUCAUCAGAACAUGAAUGCAACUAUAAAGAAUGUGUUACAGAGUCUCAAUGUAAAAUCACAAUUGAGACCAGAAUUUCUGUUGCUAAAAAAGGCAGUGGUAAAGUGGGUUAUGCCUAAUUUUAUACCUUUUUUUGCCACAGUUAAGCAAAUCACUGCAGUUGUAAAGUGAAUCUGUCUUCCCCCACUGGCUGCUUGUCAGAAGCCUGCUGGGAAGGCUGGAAAUGGUGAUCACCUGACCCCUGGAGGCUGCAACCAUCGUAAAUACGUGGCAGUUGCCACAUUCAUCUGUGAAUGUGUGGAUGCUGCAACAGUUGCAAGUGUGAGGACCAAUUAUAAGUCACUUUUUCACUGCCAUUGUAACUUCAAACAGUUAUUCAACGAGUGGUUGCAGGUCAAGGAUUAUAUGUCACUAGGUUGCUGGAAAGUAGGUUCAGUAGAAAAUUCUCAGUUCAUGACAUAACAAAAAAGUAUAUCCUGAUAGUUUAGAGUAGAUAAUAACUUGUGGAACACAUCUUCUAGCAUCUGCUCAACCAGAAUUUUUUUUAAAAAAUUCUGAAUUUCUAAAAUGGGAAUCUAAUACAUGGUACUAGGCUUAUUUUUAAUUCAAAAAAUAGUUCAUAAGUUUUCUAAUAAAAUGUGUGGCAACUGCCCAGAAUUUUGUUUAGAAGAGUGCCUGGAAGGUAAGAUAGAAUCUGUACUUUGCCAUAGGUUUUUUCCCCUCAUACUAGCCAUUUUGAGAGUAGGCCAGAGCUAUUCCCAGAUUUCAUUGUGUUUGGGUUGUGAUACAUUUCAGCUUUCUAAAUAUACCCAUCAUCCCAAAGCAGUUGCAAAUUCCUGAUAUAUCUUUUCUUAUAUUUUCUACUGGCAUUCAUAUUUUCUUAAUAUAAAUGCAGCUGAAAUAAAUGUUCAAGUUGCUAGCAUUCUUUAUUUUACUGAAGUAUUAAAUCUUAGCAGUUGAUAAUUAAGCAUAGUUAUUUUUAAAAUAUUAAUAGAAGGUGUCUGGAUAUUUCUGGUGCUCAAAAAAUCCGUGUUUUUUAAAGGAGCUUUUGAAUGUUUUUUUCCCUAAAGCUUUUGAAAUUCAAAUAUUAUUUCAUGCCCCUUCUUGCCUAUUAGGUCUCAUAUUCAGUCUACUUCCUCCUUCUGGGGAAAAGAACUUGUAUAUUACUUGAAUUAUGGUGUUUUGAAGAUGCUAUUUUGACUGUCAGUAGAAACCAAUUUACUGGUUUAAAACAUUUAGAGUUGCCCAACUUCUUUGUUUGACUCCGUCAGCUUUCUAGUUGUGUCUCUGUUCUUAUGCUUGUGAAUCCUUCAUCCUACAGCCAGGUUCCUUGGCAUUCUCCAUGAUGUGGUUAAUUCCUUGUAAAACUUUUUUUAGAGCUAGAUUUCAGUAUUGUUAAUUUUGCUGCUACAUUUGAAAAUCUAACUGGGUCAUGUUAAUUGUGCCUUUCAUCAGUGCGCUAUGUGCCACACGCUGCCCGUGUACUAUUUGAAAUAAAUAUUUUUAAAAACUGCA